UUAUAGAUCAACUGAUCGAUUCUAGAGGUUCUUGGAACUGAUUCCGGACGAUCUCAAUCCGACUUGAAUCGGAAUCGGUAAGAACCGAUUCAAUCAUUGUUUCCUGUUUUGCAAACCCUGCGUCAGCUGAACGUUGGAUUUGGCCGCUGGGUGGCCCGGGCCCAUUUAUCUUCUUCUACUUUUGAGUUUCGACGGAAGGAAUGGAAGGCGAUAGGAAGCUGGGAAGAUUGGAUAACAUCAUGACGAGUAACACUCGAAGAUUCGAGAGAGAGAGAGAGAGAGAGAGAGAGAGAGAGUUGUCGAUGCAUUUGUCUGUGAGUCGCAUUCCUUCUGGUCCGAUGCUCUACAGCUCCCAAUCCACCGCCUUGAAAUUCCAUGGAGGUCUCCGGAUUCUGGAACUUAUUCCCAACAUAGUUACAAAGAGAGGGCCUUCGCUGCAAUUGGAAAUCUCCAAGUCUAAGGGUGGGGUAGGAGUUAUCACCAUGAGAGACAGAAGCAAGAAUCGUAAGCCCUUACAGAGAGGGAGGAACCUCAGUAUCGAAGCCAUUCAGACCGUUCAAGCACUGAAACGAGCUAAGAAAAAUACUAAUUCUCUGGAGCGAGAGAUGGAAUACAAGGUGAAGCGGUUGUUGAAGUUUGAUCUAAUGGCUGUUCUUCGGGAACUGCUGAGGCAGAACGAACCGCUUUUGGCACUUAAAGUUUUUGAAGAAGUUCAAAAGGAGUACUGGUAUAAGCCUCAGGUGUUAUUGUAUGCUGAUAUGAUUAAUGUGUUGGCGAGCAAUGGGAUGCUUGACAUGGUUGAACGCCUUUUUUUGUAUCUGAAAAUGGAAAGUUGUUUAGACUCUGAUACUGAGGGAUUCAAUGCUUUGUUGAAAGCUUUGAUGGAAUUUGGUACCACCGGACUUGUGAUGGAUUGUUUUCAUUUAAUGAAAGUGGUGGGGUGUGCACCAGAUAAGUCAACAUUUAGAAUUUUGAUAGAUGGCUUAGAGUUGAAGGGAGAAACAACUUUUUCUGCUGUUGUAAGGAAGGAAGCUGAGAAGCAUUUUGGUGGACCUCUGGAGUUCCUAGAAGAGGAGCAAGACUUGACAUUGAGUUCUAAUUAAUUGCAGGAAAUGUUACAUAAUUAUCUCCGAUGAAGAGGAAAUCCCUGGAGCUUACUAUUACCUGGUGUAAAGGCCUGAUUACAAUAAAUACUGGCAUGGGUUGAAUGAUAAACCAUCAUUUGAAAGGUAUAGCACAUUCUUUGGCAAAAGAUUGAAGCAGAAGUUUCCAUGAUAUUUUUGAUCAUUUUUUGGCGACGGUUUAUAGCACAAUAUACAGAUAAGGGCAUGUUAGGUCAUAUUCCCUUGUGUGCUGUUGGUUUUGUCUUUGUGAGGGCAACUCUGUUACAUGUUUCAGCACAAUGAGACAGUAUCUCAUGGUACUCUUCAUUCUGGUAAGAACCAGUCUUUCCCCUAAAUGCCACACAUCUUAGAUUAGCCACUGCUUGAAAGUUGCUUUCACUUUCUUCCUUUCUACUUGUAAAUGUUGAGCAUAUUCAAAACAAGUGAGAAAGUACUGAAAGCAACAUGAGAUACAACAAAAUGAAUGCAAAAUAGGAGCCUCUAUGUGGUCUGUUGGCAUAACAUUUUGUUAAUUCAUCUGCCAGGAGGAUUUUGACCACCUGAUUAAUAUUAUCUCUAGGCUAUGGUUCAUGGUACCACCUUUAUUUAGUUAUUUAUUUAUUGUUACUGAUGUUACAACUCAAAUGGAGGCAGACAUGAAGUAUUCUUACUCAUGACAUUGGAAGAUGGCAUGCAUCGUUGGGAUGGAUCUCAAACACCAUUAUUCAUCCACAGAUCACAGAGAGAGUCAAACCUGGAUCCGUAUAAAUGAAAAGGAAAUGAGGUAAUAAGAAGUUGUUGAUAUUCCCAAAGAAUGUAAAUAUGUAAUACAUAUAGAACCUUGAGAGUUGCUUGUAACAUAUUGGUUAAUUAAAACUUCCCAAUUGUACUUGGACCUUUUAUGUUUCUCCUAAAUGCGUUGUGGCAUACUGUGAAGUGAAAUUUCAAUUGAUCUUUCGUCA